AUGUCUUCUUCCUGGCCUCCGGAACUAAAAGCUUGGGUACAUGAUUGUUUGGCUAAAGCUACACCGAGUACGAAAGCAUCUGUGAAUGCAGAGUUGAAGCAGAUAUUGUUCAAAGCUCAUGCAGAUAAUACUAUUCAAACUACUGAUUGGUCCACAGUGCAAUUAGAUUCGUAUGUCCCACCCAUCAUAAUAUCUUUCACUCCCCACUUCUUAUCCCUGUCUCUUCGAUCUGUACUCACGAUUCGGAGUUUGUAUAAGAAGAAAAGACGUAAGAAAAAUGACACCUCCGAGAAAUCUUUCCCAUCAGCAUACCAUUUCCCCACUCCUGAAGAAACCGAAGCUCUCGCCAGACGAGCAGCUCGGUUUAACAAACCUCAAACUCAAUCUAACUCAGAACCUUCGACUAACGGGUUCGGGAAUGUCGACAGAUGGUUUGGAGAUGAGGGGGAUAACGAUCUGGACUCUGUAGGUACCGCCCCGAUGGGAGGCUUGAUAGGACGAAAGAGGUUGAAAGGGAAAGGAGGGUUGGGGUAUAGUGGGGAUGAAGUGAUGGAGGUUGAUCCUAACGUGAUCGACUGGGACAGUCAUACUAUACGAGGAACUAACACGAAAUUGGAAAAAUCUUAUCUCCGAUUGACCAGUGAACCUUCCCCCGCUGACAUUCGGCCACUUCCAAUUCUGAAACAAACUCUAGCUCUGCUCAAAGCCAAAUGGAAGGAGAAUCAUAAUUAUGCUUACGCCCUGGAUCAGUUUAAGAGUAUGCGGCAGGAUCUGACAGUACAACGCAUCAAGAACGAGUUCACGGUUGAAGUAUACGAAAUCCAUGCUCGGAUCGCCCUCGAAGCGAAAGACUUAGGAGAGUAUAAUCAAUGUCAGACAAUGUUGCGUCAACUAUACGAGCUCGGUCUCAAAGGUCACCCGCAGGAAUUCUUGUCGUAUCGAAUUAUUUAUCUGUUGCAUACUCGGAAUCGAUCUGAUAUGGCGGCAUUGCUCGCUCAGCUGACCCCGGCGGAAAAGGCAGAUCCUGGGGUGCAUCACGCUCUCCAGGUUCACGCAGCUUUGGCCACUUCCAAUUAUAUCCGAUUCUUUCGAUUAUUCAAUGUCGCUCCGGCCAUGUCGGGGUAUAUAAUGGAUCAUUUUGUCGAAAGGGAGCGGAUGUCGGCUUUGGGGAUAAUGACCAAGGGAUACAUGUCCCUCCCUCUCACAUACGUAACAGCAACCUUAUCAUUCGAUUCUGACCAAGAAACACAUUCUUUUUUAUCUUCUCAUUCCGCAGCCAUUUACGUCGAUCCGACUCCGUCCGACACCACCCAAGGCAACGGACAUGGUUGGAAAAGUAUCCGAUCAAUUCCACAGAUACCGUUACAUGAACGUAUGUGGGAUUGCCGGAAAGCUCAUGCGGCCAUUUCGACGGGUAUGGAAAAGUAUAGAGUGGUGGAUUUGAAAGGACAAGUGGAUUAG